AUGCCUGACUAUGCAGAUACAUGCAGUCUUGCAGAUCCAACGCGUUGCCUCCCUGCUCAAAAUAGUCAAUUGCGGCAGUGUGCAUCAAACGUGUUUAAACCUCAUGAAGCGGAUUCGAAACCAAAGAAAUCAUUCAUGGUACUAGCUAGCGGGUCUCAAGCUUCCAAACACAGUGGUACAUACGCUAGGAUGGCAAAACAGAAAGACCUUUCCAAGCUCAACGCAAAGCUGAAUCGUGCCAGACAAACGGCUAUUCGAAUAUAUAAAAGAACAUCUGUUCUCUUUAUUUGCCGAGACGACUUUCAGGCUGAUUGGUUCAAUGUUUUGAAAUUGGGUGCAGGUAUGGUCGAAUUCGAUGAUGUGGACCCUGAGCGCAUUGUAACAUACCGUUGGGAUGCUGAUGCACCGGAUUCACAUCAUCUGUUUGUGCCGCUUGCUACUUCACUAUUCAACAAGAUUCGGGGAAACACUGCUCUCCGUACGGUUCCGAUUGAGCACAAGGACAUGUAUUCGUUCCCGCAGAACCUUCUCUUGCUGCUGCUACGAAUCGCCGAGGAACCCACAAAUGUGAACAAACAGUGGGAACUAAGCAUACGCCGUGCUAUAGGCCCCUUGAAUGCUGAGAUGAAGACUUCGAUCGAAGCAAAGGACCAAGAACUUGCUAGCAGGUUACGUAGCCUCCCUCUGGACGCACAAACCCAUAUCCUCGAGCGUGUUUCAAUUCCAAGCGUUGAAUCUCUAAGCAGACUCUUCAGGGAGCUCCCUGCGAAGGAUACAUUGCGUAGAUUGGUUUGGCAAGAAAUGCAACUUUUGAAUUAUUUUAGUCAGGUAGACCGACAAGCGUUUCGAAAUUUACACCUUGAUGAUGAAUCCUUAAGUUCUAUUGUCCGGGCUCAUUCAUUUGAUUCCAAGAGAGCUGGAGGCACAGCUUGGUACGGAGGCAUGACGAUCGAGCCAAUUUCACUAUCUGACGAACUAGCAAAUAGGAUUGUUCCAGCAAAACUUUCGCCCUUAGCGGAUUAUUACCAAGACUAUGACCGACUUCUCAAUGGCCAUGUUCUCGAAAACAGGAAGACUGCCAGUGUAUUCGUUCCCAAACUUACUAAGUUACCCACGGGCUGGUGGCUCACUUCAUUGCCAACAUGGAUCGAAGGCGACGUGAGAUCAUUAGUCAAAGAGCUCUUCGACAGUAUACAUUCCGAUUAUAUCACGGUACUCACAGUGAUCAAAGAAAAAAAUAAAGUAGGUAGAACAACAGCGUUAACAAGUAAAGCUUCAAACGCGUAUUUUAGGUUGUUACACCCUGAAAUUGAUCCAUACCUAGGAAUCGAAGGUCGCGGAGCAAGUAUUUUGGCUAGAUAUCAACUCGCACGACAUUUGUGCGAAUAUUCAGGAAUCGACUUGAACCAAAUCUUUCCACAAUCAAUCCAAGACCCUAUACGCGUUUUCCUCUGGUUAAAAUCUCUUUCAAAUCGUUGGUCAAGCUUAGAUCAUCUUACCCAUGAAUUUGCUUAUCAAAGAUCCCCUCGUUCCAAAAGAUGA